AUGAAGCAGUGCCUUCCUGAGGCUGCUUGCUUAUACAAGCUGGGUCAUUUUUCUUUCCACUUUGUUUCAAAAAAUAAUUGCGGUUUUACUCUUGCAUUUCAGGCAGUUCCUUUUAGUCUAGACAGCGUUGCAAAUUCCAUUCACUCCUUAUUUUCGGAGGAAACACCUGUAGUUUUGCAGUUGGCUCCCAGUGAGGAGAGAGUGUAUAUGGUGGGGAAAGCAAACUCGGCGUUUGAAGACCUUUCAGUCACAUUGCGGCAGCUCCGUAACCGCCUGUUUCAAGAAAACUUCCUUCUCAACUCUCUUCCCCUCAAUUCUCUGAGUAGGAAUAAUAAGGUUGACCUGCUCUUUCUCUCCGAACUGCAAGUGCUACAUGAUAUUUCGAGUUUGUUGUCUCGUCAUAAGCAUCUAGCCAAGGACCAUUCUCCCGACUUGUAUUCAUUGGAGCUGGCAGGUUUGGAUGAACUUGGGAAGCGUUAUGGAGAAGACUCUGAACAGUUCAGGGAUGCUUCUAAGAUCCUUGUUGAUGCUCUCCAAAAGAUAAAUAGCAAUGCUACAGGUUCAGAGCUCUCUGGUUCUAUUCACAGGCAGAACUGCUACACAGAGAAACAGAAAAAUCUGAACAAAUAG